AUGGCAUCCUACAACCUCUACAAGUACUCUCCCUCAGGGGCAGCUGCCAUGAUCUUCUUGGUUGGCUUUGUCGUCGGGUGCGCAUGGCACGUAUUCAUUAUCGUCCGCCGGCGGGCAUGGUACUUUAUCCCAUUGAUCAUUGGCUGUCUCCUCGAGAUCGCCGGAUACCUUGGCCGCUUCCUCUCCUCCACCGAUACGGGCAACCUUGGCUUCUUCAUGAUCCAAACCCUCUGCCUCCUCGUCGCCCCCGCCCUCUUCGCCGCCUCGAUCUACAUGGUACUCGGCCGGCUGAUCCUCUACCUCCAAUGCGCGCCCCUCUCCCCGAUCAAGCCCUCGCGCCUCACAAAGAUAUUCGUUGUCGGCGACGUGCUCUCCUUCCUUGUCCAGGUCAUGGGUGCCGGUCUGCUCGCCCAGGCAAAGUCGAUGAACACGGGCAAGACCAUCAUCCUGCUCGGCCUGGCCGUCCAGCUCAUCUUCUUUGGUCUCUUCGUCGUGGCAGCCGCCGUGUUCCAUCGUCGGCUCCUGGACCGUGUGCCGCCCGCUGUCCUGCACGAAGAGGCCAACUCGGGUUGGCAGAGGCACAUCAGAGGAUGGGGGGGUGUGAUGAGCGUGCUCUACGUCGCGAGCGGUCUGAUUUUCGUGAGAUCGCUGUUUCGACUCGUCGAGUAUGUCGAAGGAAAUGAUGGCGUCCUACUCUCGACGGAGGUGUAUUUGUACAUUUUUGACGCGCUGCUGAUGCUCGGUGUCGUGGCUGUUACGGCGGUCUUCCACCCCGCUAAGUAUGUGCCGGGCAAAAAGGAGAUUAUGGCCAUGCAGGAUAUGGAUGGUUGA